CUAUGUUUUGACACGCAAUGGAAUUGCCUUCCAUGGUUCAAAGAUCUGGCGACACCCUAAUCGUACGCAGUGUAGUCAGUGGCAAUCAAUUAUAUGCGGACCAACAACACAACUCAACUGGACCAGAAAUUCUAAACAAUAUGAAUACCUCAACAACAACAUCAGCAAACAAUAACAAUGGAAGUUCCGCUGCCAAUGGUGUUGGUGGCCUACAAGUAAAUCCCUCCAUAUCCAACAGCCUGAUAAUGGAACAAAUUGAAUGUCUGAAACGUUCCCAAGAAGCGGCCCAACAAUUAAUGCAACAACAUCACCAACAACUGCAGCAGGCACAACAACAACAACAGCAACAGGCCCAACAAAAUGCCGCCAUGGAACUAAAAGAAGAAGGCCUGCCGCAGUGCAAAAUCAAGCGUAACUAUAGCUGCAGCUACUGCACCUAUUUCACACAAAAUCCUCGCUAUCACCUGACCCACUUGCGUGAUGUGCACGGUGAGAAAAUAGUCAUCAAUAAAUGUAAAUUGUGCCUGUAUGCCUCCCGGCACUAUCAGAAGUUGGUGCGGCACAUGAAAAUGGUGCAUGGCUGCACGGAGGGAGUGACAAGUGGUCAUGGCCAGGCACGUGGUAAGCGUGGCAUGAAUCGUGAGCGAAAGCGUAAACUGGAGGAAAAUAUGCCACAAACGGGCGCUAUGAAGCUAAUGAAUCUCGAGGCAUUCAAUGCGGAACAGGAAGAACAACAAAAAUCACAACAGCUAAGCAUAUCGGCAGCCAAUGCCUUUAUUGCUGCCUAUGAACAACAGCUACGGGCCCAACGUGAUUUGGCCGAAAAAGAUGCCCUCCGCAAAACCGAGCAUUCCACUUAUGAAAGACGAGAAUCCACAUCACCGCCACCAGCACCACAAGCACCCAUCAAAGAGGCAUCUGAUGAUGCAAAUUAUACAAAUUCACACGCACAACAAAAAUGCUAUGAUUACAACCCCUCCUCGUCGACCACCUCCACCAGCAACAACAACAACAACGCCCAACAAGAAGCGAAAAUUCAAAUUCCCCCACAAAGGCUCAGUUAUGAGUUGACACCAUCUCCGUCGGGCAGUAACUCGUCUCCGCCACCAGCCGGACAAAGCACCAGUGGCAGUACCACACCCCUCAGUGUUAUGUUACCCUCCGAUGAACCCUCCAACAACCGGCUCCUGAAAUGUAGUCUUUGUGACUUCACCACCCUGUAUCGCAACAAUCUGCUCGAACAUGAAAUCGAAGAUCACUGUGAUGCCAAAUUCUAUCGCUGCGAGAAGUGCUCCUAUGUGACCCACAUUAAGGCCCGCUUUAGCAAGCAUGUCAAAUACCACUCCAUGCCCAUGAUCAAGUGCGUGACGUGCGAUUUUCGCACACCCUACAAAUGGAAUUUGGAUCGCCAUAUGAAAAAUCAUGGUGGUGCGGGACCAUUCCGCUGUGCUGCCUGUGACUUCACAGCCGACAUCAAACAAUCGCUGACGGUACAUGAAAUGAAUCAUCACGUGCCGCCGGUGGGUCACGCAGCCGGCAUGACUUUGGCCCGUAGACGCAACAAGGUAGGUGGUACCGACCUGAGUGAAGAUUUCUUCAGUGACUCCGCUGAAAUGAUGGAAGACCAUUUCAAUAACAACAACAUGGAUGAGUAUGAUGAAAUGCUGAUGACAGCCGGCCCCGCCGAAGGAAUGUAUGAAUCGAAACGUUUCCGUUAUGAAGAAGAUGAACCCACAGAUUUAUCACAAAAGGGUGGUUCUUCCGAUACAUCAUCGGUGCACAAUCAAUCUUUACCCGGCACAAAAGCCAAAAAACCUUUACCCAAUCUCAUACCCAUUUCAAAGGAAGGAGAGAAUAUUUUGAAUCUCAGUUCGGAUAUGGCAACCGGUGGUAAUGGUCGAUAUUUUAAUGAAAAACAAAUUUCCGAAAUGUUGCAACCCUUGGAAAAGCCGGAUUCUGCUGUGGGAGCUGCACCUGCUUCACAAUUGUCACCAACCACCACCAUAGCCUCUUCCUCGGCUGCCAGCGGUAAAAGCCUAUUGGCCCGUAAAUCCGGUGGCUCAUUUUUCGAUAAAAUCAAAUUUUCCAAUACCACAAAUGAAAACCUCAUUUGUCCAUGUGGUCACAUGGCCAAAUGCUUGUCCGAGUCGAUUAUACAUCGCAAAUCCUGUACCUAUGGUCAUGAUGAUAUCGAUUUGGAUGACGAAGAUCACGAUGAGGAUGGUGAAGAGGGUCGUUUAGAAAUCGAUUUCAAUGAAGAUGAUGAGUGUGACAAACAGUCACAGUCCGCCCUUAAUUUAAGUGUCACGGGUUCAACACGCUGUCAACAUUGUCGCCAUCGUUGUAAAUCUUCAGCGGAUCUGUUGAAUCAUUUGAAAAUCUGUUCAGAGGCCAAUAGUCGUUGUGGUGAUUCAUUGUCGGGUGAGAGUAGUGUUGGUAGUCGGCUAAUGAUGGGCGAUGGCAGUGGACAGCAACACCAUCCGAUGGAAAAUCGGGUAUUUGUUUGGAAUAAAUUACCUCGCAAUCAAGGUUCGGAGGGUUCGCAAAGUUUCGAUGGAGCGCGUGGAAUGCAUCAAAAUGCCAAUAUAAAUAAUGGUGGGCAUGGGGGUUCUGGAAUUGGAGCGGGUAUACUAAGUGCCAAUAAUGAUGAGAAUAGUUAUUAUGGUGUUGAGACAGCACCAGGAUAUGGGGAGGUAACCAAAAAGAUGACACCCGAAGAAGAGGCAGCCAACUCGUCGUUGAAAAAGGUCUACAAAUGUCCGCAUUGUUCUUUUUGGGCAUCGACGGCAUCCCGCUUCCAUGUUCACAUUGUCGGUCAUCUGAAUAAGAAACCGUUCGAAUGUUCUCUCUGUUCGUAUCGUUCGAAUUGGCGUUGGGACAUUACCAAGCAUAUACGCCUAAAGACCAUUCGUGAUCCUAGCCAUAAAAAUGCCCGUGUCCUGAUGAAUGAUGAGACGGGAAGGCGCAAUUACACCAAAUACAACAAAUACAUCACAUUGAUGAAGGUGACCGAGGAGGAUGGUGAUCCCAAGCUAAUGAAAUCUGGCGAAAUGACACCGAAUCAGGUGGCCUCAUUGGCUUUCAUUAAUGAUUACAAUCAAAAGCAGCAACAGCAUCAGGGAUCUGUUGCCUCUUCCGGUUCGACGUCUUUGAAUAAUAUUUUGAAUGGUGUCAGGGAGGAUAUUACAUUGGAACCAAUACCAUCGAAGAACUCGAUGGGUGGUGUUAAUGAAGAUAACAUGGCCGAUAACUUUAUUCGUUUGCCACUCCUGGCCUCAAUGAUGAAUGCUGCCAUGGCCCAACAACAGCACCAGAAGGGACAACAGGCUAGCAGUGGAGAUCAUGAAAAUGCCACAUUGAUUACACCCUCGGUUACCAUAUCGGCUGUCAAGAAGAGUCAACAAACAUCAGCGGCUCCCUUCAAGCCAAGUGAUGAAAUCAUUUUGGAAGUGAGACCGGAUAGCAAUGAGAAGAAUUAUAAAUGUCGUAAAUGUAAUUUUAGACACAUGAAUCGUGAUGCUGUUUUGGCUCAUGUCAAAGUUCACUUCCCCGAUCCAAACGCGCCAAUUGUCACAGCCACUGCUACAACAUCACCCAACAAAUCCGGCCAAUUACAGGCCACGGGACCCCUACAAGUAUCGGUAAAUUCCAAUUUGUAUAUGAACAAAGUAUUGGCUGCCAUGUGCCUGACACAACAGCCCAACAACUCGUCGGCUAGUGCCCAGGCCCAAUUAACGAAUCUGGUUGCAGCCGGUCUACUGGAUCAAUCGACCAAUUCACCGCUAAGCGGCCUGGCAUUGGCUCUAGCUGGCAAGAGCCCCCUUAAGGCAUCACAAUUAAAUGCUGCUGCCGCUAAUAUCAUUGAGCACGGUGAGCAGAAAGCGAUUCUAAAUGACCAGGCAAGUGCCGAAAACACUAUGACGUCGCCAAAUCAAUUAACACUAGUUAAGGCGCUUCAACACAAUUCACAACAGCAACAACAAGAACAUGUACAAGCGACGUCGUCAAAUUGUGGUUAUGGGUCGGCGACGGCAACAACAAGUCCCUCAUCGUCAUCUUCAUUGCAAAAUCUAUUAACAUCGCCUAGAGGUGUCAGGCAGACCAAUAACACCACCGUCAAUAUCGAUGGUGGUCUAAAUGACAAUACAAUGGUUAUGGGUUCACCUAAAACAACAACUACAACACCGGCAACAACUCACACAAACAAGUCUGGCAUAAUGGCAACAUCUGCGACAGCAAUUCCACCUCCUCCUUCACCACAAGCAAUUGUAACUACUACUACUAGUACUCCUAUAUCUUCUCCAUGUACUUUCAAUCUAACACAAACGGCGGCAAGGCCAUUGUCUCCAAUCCAACCACCGGCAUUACUCGCAGCCUCAUUUUCUUCCUCAUUGGGAAAUAAUAAACAUUUUGGUGAUGGUCACGUCGGGGAAAAUGACUCGAGUGUCAUGUCGUCGUCGGGUGGUGGUUGCGAUCUUGGCGAUGGUCUACAAGAUCUAAUGAUGAAGGUUAUGGGUUAUGCUUCAUAUUCUUCUGAUCAUCAUGUUGGAAUAAAAUCAUCAUUAUCAUUCAAGUCGUCCAAUCCGAAUCAAACAAUAAAACAAAAUCAAAAUUCUUCCUCCACCUCCUCAGCUACUUCUAUACAAAAUCAUACCUCCUCAUCCUCUUCCCAAUGUAACAGUAAUAAUAAUAAUAACAACAAUAAUAGUAAUAAUGCUAGUAAUAAUAAUUUGGGUCAUAUGUCCUCUGGUAAUGGUUCAAACAACAACAAUAAUAAUUCUCAUCAUAACAACAACAACAAUAAUAAUGGUAAUGGUGGUAACGGUAACAACAACAACAAUAAUAAUCUAUUAACGCACGAAACAACAUCAGGCGAUAGGCGUGAUCCAUCGCCAUAUCGUUGUGGUCAUUGUCAUCAAGUAUCGAAUUGGAAGCAUGUCAUACAGCGACAUUGUCGAUUGAAACACGCUGGCGUCAUCAACAUCGAAACCCUUGAUCGUGCAGCAACCGGUGAACGUCACAUGGCUCCCGUGUAUAAACCCUUGGUCAAUGGAGCCACCAUCAAUGAUCCGCAACAACAACAACACACCAACAACAACAAUGUACUUAUGGACAACACUAGCAAAAUGCUUGUGCCAAAAUCUGAAACUCCACAAUCGUUAUUGAAUUUCCCACUACCCCUGAUAUCCGGUGCUGGGGCCUCACAAGAUUUACAUGCGGCUGCUGCAGCCUAUUUGGCCGAAAUAUAUAAAGCAGCUGCUGCCCAAAAUGGUAAUCAUAAUGCCACCCUGGCCAACAUUACCAACAUGGCUGAGGAGUUAUUGCUACAACAACAAUUACAAAAGAAUGAUCAAAUUGAAAUAACACGAGUUUCAUCCUCGUCGUCCGCCUCCAACGCCAAUAAACAACAACAACAACAGAAUUUCGGUGGCAACAACAACAAAUCAAAACAACAAAAAUGCCCCCUCUGCACAUACAUUUGUGAUAGCAAGUCCCAGAUGAAUUAUCACAUCUCGCUGCAUAAGCCCACCCAAUACGAGUGUCAUUUGUGUACCUUUGUCUGUGCCAAGAAACAACAUUUGAGUUCACAUAUGCGCAGUGUCCAUCAAAUGUUGCCCCAACAACAACAACAGCAUCAUCAGCAGCAACAACAGGCAUUUGCUGCUGCAUCAUCAGCAGCUUUAAAUAUGGAUUUCAGUUUGGCCCUUAAAAUGGCAGCAGCUGCUAAAAAUCAACAGGAUUCUCCCUUGGCCAUUGAUUUGUCGGGUAUUAAACACAACAUAGCCAGUCUAAAUUCUCCAGCUCAACGUUCAACAACAGCCGGAACAAAUUCCGUAGCCAAUGCCAAUUCCGCAUCUAAUCAACAUUUACCACCCGAAUAUCAAUAUCGUUUAAUUUAUUAUUGCAAUAAAUGUCCCGCCCGUUAUGCCCAGAAACACAAUGAUCCGCAAACAGCAAAAACUGAUCUUGAUGACCACUUGAGGCAACAUGAACCCUAUCACGGCAGUUCAGAUGAUUCACGUAAAUAUCAAUGUGAAUAUUGUGAUUAUAGGGCGGCCCACGAGACCUUGGUUCAGGCUCAUCGUUAUGUCCACACCAGUCAGUAUCAAGAGAAAUGCAAUGAGCUGUAUAAAAAUUGUAAAGAUGAUACCGUGUAUCGGGCACCGAAAUUAAUGCACAUCACAGCAACGCGCAAUAAUAUGAAACAUGAAACCAUAUGGGUGGUGGAUCAGGAUCUGAAUGAGGGUCACAUCAUGAAAAUGGGUGGUCAAAAUUCCAGCAUUACAUCAAGUUCGCCGAAUGGCGGUUUUGAAGUCGGCAAUUCCUUGCUUAAGAAACAAUUGGAAUCGAAACAAAAUUCCACGACAAAUGUCCAAGAAGUGGCCACAAAAGAUGUGGAGGAUUUGGCCUCUGUUUCACCGGCUAACAGUGACAUGAUGGAACAUGUGUCGGAGAAAACCAACCGACAGGAAAAUCAUUCCCCCUCACCAGCACCUGAAAAUGUGGAAAAAUGUCAACAUUGUCCAUUUGAGAGCACGUUGAGUUCGGAGUUUAAAACCCAUAUCCAACAGCAUAUUUCGGUUUCACAGCAGCAUUUGGCCUACACCUGUGAACACUGCGAUUACACCGCUGAUGAACAGGAUCACAUUGAUGAACAUACACGCAUACAUUUCAAUAGCAUGGAGAAACUGAAAGAUGUUGCAUUCUUUACCAGCUAUGAUAAAUUGGAAUUGAGUAUGGAACAGCCAUUGACGGCAGAGGAGAACGAAGGCGCGGAUGAGGCAGCCGGGGAAGAAAAUCAUUUGGAAAUGAAUAUCAAAAAGGAGGUGGUGCAAUCGAAUAACAACAAUGAUGAAGAUCGUAUUAAUGAAAAUUUGAAACAAUCUGCCACCACCACCGCUAAUAACAACAGCGGUAAUAACAAUAAUGAGGCAAAUACAUCAACGAAACCGGAGGAGAAUAAAUCCCAAAAAUGUGCUAAAAUUAUUUUAUAUAAAAAUGAUGGCUGUUUGAGUAUUAAAAAGGAAAAUAAUAACAACAACAACGAAACAGAACAACAAUCACAGCAGCAGCAGAAUAAUAGCUCUUCCAAUAACCAAAAUAUUAGUGAUCGUCUAAGAAGACGCAUUAGUCGCCAAAGUGGAAAUGUAAUGCCAACCAACACCACCAGCAACAACAAUAACAACAACUCAACAUCUGAUGACCAACAACAACAACAGUCGACAACUACAAGCCAUAAAACUAUAUUAGUUAAUGCCAAAACUGGUCAAGUUAUCAGCAGGAAUUAAAUUCU